AUGGCUGAGGACAUUGAUGAGCCCCCUGAUCAUCGGUUCUUGAAUACCUCGAUGACUAUGGAUGACGGAUGCGUUUACGUCAAAUCCCCCACCGCUAUGACGGACCGGAAGGAGUCUCUGCUCACCCGUGCCCUCAAGAACAGCCCCCCGCUGAGCCCCUCCGACCAGCACUCGUCCUCCCGCGACUACUCCUUCCACCGCUCCUACACCUACACCAACAUCAGCGGCAUCUCGACGGCCGAGCUGACCAGCGACGGCGGUCUCACAAGCCCGUCCCUCUCCAACACCCCGAGCCCGCCAACGUCCUCUCACCUCGCCAGCAAGCCAUCUUCGAUGGGUGACAAGAGGAAGGCUGAGGCCGUGGAAGCCGGCGAGUCGACUGUUGAGGCCAACCUUGGACGCAAGCGCUGCAUCAGCUUCGCCUGCGGACGGAAGACCGAGGAGAAGCCGCAGACCCCCUCGCCGCAGCGAUCCACCUCAAAGAACGAUGCCAGCCCGACACCGACUGAACCCAAGCGGAAGACCGUUCUCACCUUUGUUUGUCCUGCACGGGACCCCGAGUCUCGCAGGGAGCGAUCGCCAAUUCGUGGCGCCGGUUGCAGGGCACGUCUUCGCUGUUCACCCGCCCCUGUUGCACGCAAAGCCUCUCCGGAGAAGACUGCGCCCUCCCCGGCCAAGACGGUCUCUCAAGAACAGGCACCAAUCGAACGUCGGGGUGUCCCCACGAAGGGUCUGGGAAAGUUUGAGGAGUCCGAGGCCACACGGUUCCACGAAUUUGCCAGUUCCGUCGAAGAGGAUGACGAAUGGGUCACCAAAUCCGGCGAAUACACGGAAAAGAUCACUCUGAGUGAUUGCAUGAAGAAAGAGAUUGCUAUCAGGAAGCUUGGGGAGGAAGCCGAGGAGGAGGCGCUCGAGGAAGAAGACGAUGCUGAGGAUGAUUCUGAUGACGACUCGACCGUGCACGACUUCUCUUCGGACGACGGGAAUGAAUCGGACAACGAAGCUGGCUUUGCGGAGUCAGAUGAGAGUGACGAUGGCUCGGAGUAUGAAUUCUGGGCCCCCACCAGCACUACUGCCGCCACCAGCCCUCAGACGGUCGACAUUCCCCGUCAGCCUUUCAGCCGUCGCGACUCGAACACGUCCUUCGACUCUGUCAACGAAGGGCGUCAACAGCGCAGAUGGUCACCGGCUUUCGCUGGCAAGGCCAGAUCUCCUGUUAAGAUCCCAAUCCUGCGCCCCGGUACACCUAACCUUCCUGACAGCACGGACUUCGUCUGUGGAACCUUCGACGAAGAUCGGCCCUUGGAGGCUGCUUAUAAAUCCUGCAUCGAACAACGUCGUCUCUCGAAGCAGAUCCUCAUUCCCCAGGACAUUGACCCCAGUUUCCCUACCUCGGACCCUGAAGACAAUGACGAUGUGGACGAGGAGGACGACGAGGAAGACGACGUGAUGGAGGAAGGACCCCGGGGAAGAACCGGUGGAGACUACGGCAGAAAGGCGUCUCCUCGGGCGUCUCCUAGACGCAUGGUAUCUCCCCCGCCUCGCCGACACGGGCGUUCGUCGCCUAGACGGCUCCGGUCCCCGCCACCACCGAUGAAGCUGCGAUCCUCGAACGACAACCUGGCGUCCGUGGAGGAGGUCCCUAGCCUCCGGCCUCAGGGGCUCAACAUCAGCGAAUUGGUGCAACGCCCUUCCAUGACUCGUACCAAGUCGCUGCCCCGGACGCCCAACCCCUUCUUUACCAGCCUGGACAAGUCCCACCGAUGGUCUGGCAUCGUCCCCGUCCAGGAGUCGGAGCGCGAAUCCUCCCGCACCCGCGAGGUGCACACCCGAGGUCCCAUCGACAUCGUCGAGGGUCUGGAGAAAAAGCGACAGAAACGGAAGGAGAAGUUCUGGCGCCAACACUGCCGCAAAGCUGCCAAAGAGCAGAUGGAGCGGCGACCGAUCCGCGGAAAGGGUGCUGAACGGAUGAAGGAGCUUGGCCUCGAAGUUGCUGAGAGGUGCAGAGCUUACGGCGUUGGAGAAAGCGCCCAGCUCGUCCUAUCUGUUUAG